UUUUUUUACGCGCGCGCGGUAACAGACGGACGUGUUUAUGUUGUCUCAGUGCAAUAUUUAUUCUUAAAAAUAUUUGUCAAGUGCACCUGUUACGUUGAAUCCAAUGAAAUGGGGACGAAAUGCAGCGGUUGUGACGCCGUGUUAUACGACAUAUCGUAUAUGGAGUGCUCGAAGGAAAAAUGCCGAAAAUUAUUUCAUCUUAAAUGCUUAGCGAUGUCAGUUGCAACAUUUGAAUCGCUAACGGAGGAAUACAAGAAACAGUGGAUGUGUCCGGAAUGUGUGAGUCUAAACCCGAGGAAAGACAAUACUAAUACUCCAGUUCGAAACACCAUCAUGAACCAGACCUUCACUCCCGGCUGUAAUGUCAACACCGCGCGGGGAAACCGUCUUCAAGCCGAUAUUUCUCUCAUGGAAACCGACAACAAGAUAUCAGAUGAAUUGCGUGAAUUUCGUGCAGAAAUAAUGACUCGAUUCGACAAUCAGGAAGCAGCUUACAAGCAGCUAUUGGAUGAGUUAGUUAAAAAUCAGUCAGAAUUGCAGGAGUUACGUAGGAGUUUUGCGAUUGCGUUUCAAGAAGCUAAGAAAGUAACAGUGUUGGAAGAUGAAAUAAAAGUUCUAAAAAGUAGAAAUGAAUACCUGGAAUCGUGCUUUAGUAGUAUGAAUAGCAACAAAGGGAAGAUUGGAAUAUCGAAUAAAAAAUCAGAACCAUUAUCUUUUGCUUCGGUGACAAAAACAAAAGUGCAGGAGGUAGUCGCACCAUCGUGUGGGGCCAUGAAACAAGCAACCGUACCGGCGAUGGCGAAGCCCCUCCAACAAGAAAAUGAAGUUAUACGUUUGGACUGCACGUUGAAGGAUGUAGAAGUCGCCGAAAACAAGAAAGAGGAAAAUAGCUGGACGGAAGUAAGAAGAAAAAAUCGUUUUUCUAAUAGCGAAAUUAAAAGAGGAGGGAGUGUGAUCUCAACAGAUAUAGAAGGAACAGAACGGAAAAAGUAUUUACAUGUGUGGCGAUUAAAAAAGGAAACAGCGACAGAAAAUUUAGAAGCAUAUGUUAAAAAAAUAUGUGGUAAAGAAUGCCCACUAAAAGUCGAGAAAAUAAAUCAUAAGACUGAAAGAGAUUAUGCUUCAUUUAGAAUAGGAGUGCCUGAAAGCCACUAUGAUAAAUUGUGUCAAUCGGACGUAUGGCCUGUCAACGUCGAAUUCUGCGAAUGGAUUUGGUUUCGCAAAACGCAGGAUGCGAAAAAAAUCUCCCCAUAAAUUGAUAGAAGUCUAUUACCAAAAUGUCUGCGGACUCAGGACAAAGUUAGAGGAGUUUAGUGCAGCGGUAGCAUCUUCAAGUGCAGAUUUAAUAGCAAUUACUGAAACAAGCUGUAACCAUUCUAUCAGAGAUGCUGAACUAAUUCCUCCGGGUUAUAAAAUCAUCCGCUGUGAUCGAACGGACGGGCGUAAGCAGGGCGGAGCGUUUUUAGUGGCCACACCGCAUAUCGACUUGCGUAGUGUACCGAUACCGGAUGACGUCAAAAUAGACAAUCAGGUUUUCGAACUGGUUUGUGCCAAGGUGUUUAUAGGUGAUAAGUUUUUAUUGUUGUGUUGUGUUAUUUACAUUCCGCCGGGUAGUAAUGACACCGAUUAUUUAAUAUUAUUUAAUAUAAUAGAAAAACUUUAUGAUAAAUAUAAUAGGCGAUUAUUAGUCAUAGGUGACUUUAACUUGUACUCUGCUUCUGUGAAUACUAAUAAUUACUUUGAGUAUUUUCUAACAUAUUGUGAAUUCACCCAGAUAAACAAAAUAGAUAAUAGCAUGAAUCGUCGGUUAGAUUUAGUGUUAACUCCAGCGGGAGAAGAGUUGGUGGGCGUGCGUGCUGCUCCCGAGCCGUUUGUUCGCAUUGACCGGCUACAUCCCCCGCUUGAGAUAUCAGUGACUUUGUCCGCUUGCGCGACGGCGGCGGCGGACCAGCGACUGCACUGGGACCGCGAUAGGAAUGAUGCCAAUGUGAGUGCAGAAAACCCUCAGUGGAAUUUCGCCAAGGCUGAUUAUCCCCUGCUGUACGGUACGUGUGGCGUCGCCGUCGCCCGCGUCUGCUGGCCGUGCCGCGCGGGCGCACUAACUUGUUCAACAAGGGGCCGCUUGCACAAGCACUGCUCACACUUAACCAAGUAGCUGACCGAAUAGAUUUAUUUUCCUGUUCAC